AGAUGGCGGGGUCUCGGGCCGGGGGGCGUGCCCUGUUCUUCCGUGGCACAAGAUGGCGCUGCCCUUUGCUCGCUCGCUGUCCCUUUGCCGUUGGGGAGCCAAACAAUUGGGGGUUGUUGCCGCGGAAGCCCGCAGAGGCAUCAGUUUCAAACUGGAAGAAAAGACCGCCCAUAGCAGCCUGGCCCUCUUCAAAGGUGACACGGGUGUCAAGUAUGGCAUAGUGGGAUUGGAACCCACCAAGUUGGCCCCGAAUGUGGAGCGCUUCCGGGAGUGGGCAGUGGUGCUGGCAGACACAGCGGUCUCCAGCGGCAGGCAUUACUGGGAGGUGACAGUGAAACGCUCCCAGCAGUUCCGGAUAGGAGUGGCCGAUGUGGACAUAUCCCGGGAUGGCUGCAUCGGUGUUGACGAUCGUUCCUGGGUCUUUACCUAUGCCCAGCGCAAGUGGCACACCAUGUUGGCGAACGAAAGAGCCCCUAUUGAGGGCAUCGGGCAGCCAGAGAAGGUGGGGCUGUUACUGGAGUAUGAGGCCCAAAAGUUGAGCCUCGUGGAUGUGAGCCGGGUCGCUGUGGUCCACACGAUAAAGACAGAUUUCCGGGGUCCAGUGGUGCCUGCCUUUGCCCUUUGGGAUGGAGAACUGCUGUCCCACUCGGGGCUUGAGGUGCCCGAGGGCCUCUAGUAUGUCCAUCAUUGGAGUCCCUAUCACACUCUUGGCCAGCCAUCUGCCAGUAUCUGAAACCUUUAAGCUUUGUCCCAAGCAAUCUCUAGUUCCCACAGCCCAGCGUCAGGUCCUCUGUGCAAUAUCUUUGUUAUCUUUUUCUCCCCUGCCCUGUGAAAGCUAGGUAAAGCUAACUACCUUCUAGGCUCCCCCAAACUAUUGCCAGUUUCCCCAGUUACCAUGAAUGUACUUUCUCGGACUUGCCUCCUUCAGUCCCUCUGCCUAAGCCUUUCACAGACUUUAUCUGGGGUCUUUCGUUUGAAUUUACUCAUGGCUGCGAUCUCUUUUUGCCCACAUGUAGCUUCUGUUUGUUCUUGGGGCUCUACUGAAUUUCUCCAGAGUAAACCCUUUCUACCUCUGGCUGGAGGAGAGUGGUGCAGUCUGAGCUGGCCCUUUCUCUGUAGCAGAGUCCGGUGUCCGGCUCCCUCAGGAAGUGCUUUACUGUCAGAGCAAGAACAGAGCGCUCCUUCCCCAGUACCUCAAUGCCAUGCUCUCAGCCCCGCACAGCUGCAGCUCUCCUCACCCCUAGUCCAUCUGCCUUAAUCUGCACACCUUUGACACCUGGUCAAUCCGUUAUAAUCACUGGGCCAGUUACAACCAUGACCAAAGGGGAAGAGACAUUUGGGGGGUUUUGUGCUAAAAACUUUAUUCUUGAGAAGUUCCAGACUCAUUUCUGCUACAGAUGGAACUUCCAGGAGGCGGGAGGCCUGAGUUCUUGUUCAACCCAUUUUUGGACGUGCUCAGACCUACACCCUCACCCCCUUAGCAGCAGAAUAAACUUAACCUAUAGCAGUAUUUGGGGUUGAGAAAAACCUGGUGGAGUGAGUGAUUAUAUAUGUGAAAUAUGUAUGUGAAAUAUAUAUUGCUUGAGCUCUGUCUGACCCUGUGGUUCCAUCUUAUUCAACUUUUAUGAUGGAGACAUAGCUGGAUGCCCCUCGGGGAGAAAGAGGACUGGGUUUAGCAAAAAUAAUAAUUUGUGUAAUUAAAGUUUAUUUGAGCACAAAAUACUUUCUCUGUCUAUAAAAUUGCUGUUAGCAGUAGCACUUCCUGGCCAAGGGGAGGCAGACUUCUCCAGACUACUAAAGCCAGGUGCCUAGCCACCCUUUGUCCCCCUUCCUCUGUGGGUAUAUACAUAUGCCUGGUGGCUAGAACCCCUUCACCAGGGCAUCUCUAUCCGUCACAAUGGUUUCUUCAGGGAGAAAAGGGGAUCUGGGUGAAGAUCUGGGGUGGUUUUGAGUGGGCCAAGCUAGUAAGCUGUACUUUGAAGCAGCCCACAGUCUCCAUGGAUAGCUCUACUGCAGGAGUCCAGUGAGGCACUUCUCUAUACUCUGUCUGCCAAAGGAAUGGGGUAUUUUGACUCUCAAAGAAAGCACUGGCCUCAGUCCUGGUUCCCACUGAAGCAGUGUAGCUCUCCAUAGGGUAUUUGGUAGUAAUGGGUUACGUGUGUGGCCAGCUGGUGCUUUUUCUAGAGUAGGGACACCGUGCCCCAUGCUCACACCAUGCUCUCUAAGUUUUCUUUGGACAAGGCCUCAGCCUCUGCCUCAGCCUGAGUCUGGGAUAGUGUGUAGGAGUCCUGGUAAUCUUGAAGCAGCUUCACCACCUCCAGGUGGUUGAAUUGCACAGCGUCAUCCAUGGGAAUGUUGCCCCACCUGCAAGGAACAAGGACCAUGAUCAGAAAAGAAGACACGGAGGGUGCUGUGGUUAUACAUGUGACUGGUGGCUGGAGGACAGUAAAAAAGCUGCCCCCCCCUGCAACCCCCACGCCCUAUUAGCUUUAUACCACUCACCUGUCCUUGACAAAAGGAUUCACUUUGCAAGCCUCAAUCAGGAAUUUAACAACUUCAAUGUGUCCUAGGAAUAAAGGCAGAAGGAAAAUGAGAGGAUACGGCCUUGAACAUUUUGAUAUUAGCAGAGUCCUUGGGCAGCUGGAGUCUAAAUCAAGGAUGGGGUGGGAUGGAGGCCUCUUCUAAUUUUGCUCCCCACAACAACCAACAAUAGUUUGCAGAUUGAAGGGCAUCUGGACAAAACUAGUUGCUGCUCUUGUAAUCUUGUAGGGUAAGGUAAAAGGCAUCAGGCUUUUCUGCCCUCCCGCCAUUAGGAUGGAUAACGGAACCCUGCGGUCCUGAUGGCGGGCACCUGGAGUAGGGUAUGGGCAAGUGUAGAUGGGUACACCUGAGCUAAGAGACUGAUUUAUAAGGGUGGCACAGCAGAGUGCGGUGUGGUGGGGGUGCGGUGUCGAGGGUGGAGUGGAGUGUACCGAGGAGUACAGCGACUACAAACAACAGCGAAGAGCAUGUGGCUGCUUGAACCGUUCACAAACCUGCCUGGAAUGGGUUGGUUGCUUUACAAAUCUUAAGGGCAUAUACAAAGGGGGUGUUCUGGGUAGAAAACUGGCUUUCAGAUCUGCUUCCCCUCUUAUCAGAUACCUUCAGCUGCAGCAACAUGCAGGACCGUGCGGGAGUCAUAAUCUUUCUGUUCCAUGUCCAUGGCUGACAAGGCAAACCUGCGGGUAGUGGAAAGCAGCUGGAGUUACCCAGCUCAGCCAAGAACCGAGUCCUUUUGGAAGUGGGGGUCACAUGAGAUGGGUCACAGAAAAAGUAAAACAGCUUGUGCCAAGAUGGGUACACCCUGCACCGUCGGUGUCUGUGCCCACAUGAGACUGCUGUUCCCACAUGAGACAGGAGCGUGAUGCUUCCAGAAACAAGUACCUAGCUGUGGUAGGUGCCUGUACAUAUCUGUGUCUGUUGGUAAUCUGAGUUAGGGUCCACACCUACCCCCUAGGACUCUAAUCUUAACAUCCAGCUUAAUCUUAACAACGGCUACUGUUACAUCCUUAUUACAUGGCAGGCGCUAUAGUUUAAAAAGUUCUUUAAAUUCCGUCUAUGUCCAUUCUGACUAUAAAGCUGAAGCCCUUAACUAUUUUGCCUUGUGACUCCUGUUGAGAUCUCUGAUUAGGAGUAUUUUGGUUUAUUUGAUCACAGAAGUACCUUCGAAGUGCUGAGACAUCCCCACUAUAGGCAGCAAAUAACAGGUUCACCACAGUCUUGUUCUGGAACACAAAUCAUACCAACCUGAGAUUAACUUUCAACCAGCCCAGCCCAGCUCUGACUUGAGAUCUUCCUCCAUGGAUACUUAGCUAGGGUUAUGGAAUGUUCUGUUAAAAAGCAUUCUCAGGGCCUCCCCGGUAGGGCAGCGGUUGAGCACUGGGUUGCAAGGCUGCCCGCAGCCUCU